GCAUCAUGAAGCAUUGGCUCGCCCCGAACUGAUGCGGCUCUGUUUUAAAUGCACGUUAAACAUGCGAAUAAAAAACUUUUUUUUCUAAAUGAUCGAUUAAUCGUAUACUUUCCUUUAAUUUGUACGAUCGUUUAGCACCUUCUCGGUUUUACCGUUUCUAAUUUAUAACAUUUUUUACGGCAGUAUUUUUAAAAGCCACUUAAUUAUAUACCCUCGCGAAUAUACGUUAUCGUUGUUCCGUCUAUAUUCGUCGAACAGUUUAAAGGUACAGAAAAACAUUGAAAUCUGACAGAAUAUAAAAUAGUUUCAUUAAGAAUAUAUAGUGUUAAAAAUGGAUCCUGCAACAGCCAUAGCACGUUCCAAGGAAAACAUUCAACCAUUGCGUUAUGGUAGAAAUGUUGCACAGCUGGGGACUGCAUUAAGAGCACAAGAGGAUGUGGAUGCUCAACAGUUACUCCUUCAGGAAAGACAAAUGUAUGAAGCUGCGAUAAAAAAUUAUGAGGGAGACGAUCCUUUAGAAAAUUGGUAUGAAUAUAUAUUGUGGGUAGAGCAGAGUUAUCCAAAAAGUGGCCAUGAGUCACACAUUGGUAAACUUUUGCAACAAUGCUUAUCGAUAUUUGAAAAAGAGACCAAGUAUCAUCAGGAUCGUAGAUAUAUACGUCUUUGGAUUAAUUAUAUCAGUAUGCAGAAAAAUCCAUUAGAAUUAUAUCAACUUUUAUACAACAAUGGAAUUGGGACUAUGGUUGCAGAUACAUAUAGAGCAUGGGCUUUUGAAUUGGAACAGAUGGAAGACUAUAAACGUGCGGAUAAGGUUUAUUUAAUGGGUCUGUCAGCCAAAGCAGAACCUCAGGAAGAAUUGGAUUAUGCUCAUAAGAAUUUUCAACUUGCUGUUGCACGUAAAACCUUGGGUCAUACUGACGACCGUAGCGAAAGAUCACUACUCGAACAACGUCAAGCUUUUAGCUCCUUAAGAGCAAUAAAAGCUGGGAAAAAGGUUAGUAGUGUACGUACCGGACAUCGAGUUCGUGAACACUAUCCUGGUACUGUCCCGCAAAUUCCGUCGGCGAUGCAUAAUGCAAAUUCCAGAGUACAUAUAUAUCAGGAUGACAUUCCUGGUGAUAUGAAAAGUUCUAGUAUACUCGACCAUGUUCCAGUAGAGGAUACAGUUCACAAAGAGAACACAAUUAAACCUGGUCCAUGGAAUGGGAAUGGACAUAAACGGUGUCCAUUAAUGUCAUCUGUUACAAAACCAGCUUUCAAAGUUCACGAGGACCAGCCAGAAGACUAUGAUGGAAGUAAAUUAAGAUUAUUCCCAAACCAUACAUAUUUUUUUGAUGGCAGUAAAUAUCCCGAAUAUUUAACAGUGCCUGUAUUCGUACCCGACGUUCCAAAUCCAAAUAUUAUAUUAAAACCACAUUAUCCAAAAGAUUUAGUAUAUGCUAAUAAUAUGGAUAUGAGCAUGGAGGAAAUUAGGGUCCAACGAUAUCUUCAAAAAGCACAAGCUAUGGAGAAAAGAAACGAACCUCACGACAUAAGAGAGUCCGAACAGGCCCAUCACAGAAGCUUCGAGACAGAACAGCAGAGGCACAAUAUAUCUUUGCAAGAAAUGCUGCGACAGAGACAAGAGUUUAAACAACAAGAGGAAUUAUCAGAGAGACACAAAAAGUUGCAACAGCAACAGAGAGAAGUCGAACAGUUCGAGAUAGAUAGACAGAGGCUUCAAGUGGAGCAAGAAAGGCUUCAAAGACAACAAUACGAAGCUGAAAAUCAAGCACUGGAGAACCAAAGGCGCGAAGCCGAGCAAAGAGAAUUGGAAAGACUGGAAGCUGAACGACUCGAGGUGGAAAGACUCGAAGCGGAAAGAGUUGAAGCGCAGAGAAUGGAGGCCGAACUAAAUUCACAACGUAAACUUCAAGCUUCUAAUUUCAUGCAUCAGCAUCACUCGACGUCUUUGACAGCCGAACCCGAGGAACACUUGCUUGGACAAAGUCUUACGGUGAACACGAAAGAAGCGAUGUCAGUUGUGCAAGACAUGUGGCGUUCACCUGACACAGGGCCUGCAGUUCUCAAUUUUCGUAAUGCCAUGACACCUAGAAUUCCAGAUUCUAAAGUUUUGAAAAUGUGUUUCGACAUACACAUGGAUAGUUCGAUGACUCAACACGCAAUGUCCAGUAGCAAGCAUCAUUCUGGAUACAACGUGCAACCGUACAAUGAUCAGGAGAACCAUCAAAACUACUCCACUCACCAGUCUUAUGCUGCUCAAGAGCAUCAGGCUCCUUAUAGUCCCGGAUUACACAAUACAUACCAGUAUCAAAUGCAGCAGCAUCACGAGCAAGUGCAGCAGUCCCAUUCUCGGCCGCAUCAUCCGCAACAUCAUCAACAGUUAAUGCAAACGCACCCGCAGGCCCACGUAAUGGCUCACCAUCAAUCUCUCUCCCAUCCGUCGCAUUUGCAAAGUCACAGCCAGAUUCAACACCAUCAAACUCACCAUCCUCAGCAGCAUCAACCGUCGCCUAACCUUCAUCAUCAGUCGCAUCAGCACAUGCAGCAUAUGCAGCAUGCUGUUUACGGCAGCAUGACACCGAACGAGAUCUCUUAUCAGCAGUAUCCCUCGCAAUUGGAAUCCACGUUGUUGCAGCAUAACGUGGAAUCUCAGAAACAGCUUCACUACUCUCCGUACAGUGAACCUGAUAUCGAGACCAGUAAACCAUACAGAAUGCCCCCAGAGUUACCUUACAUAAAAUCUCCUGGCAUGAAUCGCAGAGACAUAAAGUACCUCGAGGGCGCCGAGGACAAAGAGAACGCUAUCGUGGUCGACUAUAACGGGCCGAUAGAAGAGAACAUGACAUCUAAGCCAGUCGAUGAGAAUAAUCUAUACAUUGAUGAAAGCCUUGGUAUUACUCCGCUGUCGGGCAAUAAUGAUACAUGUUACACCGAAGCGUUUAAUACGCAACUGACUAGCUCUACACCUAUGACUAAUCAUUUUAGACAAUCGUACAAACCAGCUGAAGGAACACCACAAUUUUCGAACCAGUGCACAGCACCUCCGUCAAACACAGAGGCUCGCAACGGAGAAGGUGAAGAGAAAUUAAGUGUUAUAUUAGAGACUACUAGGGAAUAUAUUUCAAGCAGUUCCAGUAGUAGUGCUCAUACAAGGACUGCUGCUUUAGGCUUCACUUUGACCAAGGAGGAUUUGGGUCCUAUAAAAGAACAAGGUGAAAGCGAAGAAGGUACAGAUGUUACAUUGUCUGCGAAUCAACCCUACGAGCAAACGCUUCAAGCCCAAAUACAAGCUGUACAUGCUCAAAGUCCGCGUACAGUGCAACGUAAUGUGGAUCAAAUUACUUCGGAGAUUAAGAAGAAUUGUGAUUUACGGAAGUCGAUCAACUUCAAACUGAACGAGGUAGAGGAGCAGGAGAAAGCUGAUACAAUGGAAUGCGAGGAGCAUCACGAACCUAUGGAACAAGCAGAGGAGGAAAUCUUUCAGUUUCCGUCGGGAGAUAUAAAUCCAUUUGACAAAAAUUUAAUAGCUGGUCUUUUAAAGAAAAUUAAAUUCCCCCAACCGCAUCACGCAGAAGGAUACGUGAGAUUAGAUACUAAUUUAAAUAAGCUUGUGCCUUCUACUAUGGUUAUGCUUGGUAACGAAGCGUAUGAUUUGGAAAAGUGCCUUGGAAAGGGAAUGUAUGGUACAGUAUUUAAAGCAGUGAAUCUCCAAACAGGUCAAACGGUUGCUCUGAAAACUCAAAAGCCUGCCUGGGUUUGGGAAUUUUAUAUCACUAGAGAAAUAAAAGCUCGUUUGACUAAUCCACAUGUGUUACGUGGAUUUAUGGAUGUGUCGAUGGCUUACGUUGCAAAUAACGGCAGUGUAUUAGUCUCCGAGUAUUCGAAAUUCGGAACACUAUUGGCGGUAACGAAUCAGAUAAAAAUUGCAACGGGUAAACCGUUGGUGGAGCAUUUAGCUAUAUUCUUCACAAUUGAAAUGUUGCAAAUUGUGGAGUACCUACAUAAAUGCCAAAUAAUACACGGGGAUAUCAAGCCAGAUAAUUUCCUGUUGAUGCGUUUACCUACAGAGGACGUGAGACCAACAAUACAGCUGAUCGAUUUUGGAUGUAGUAUAGAUAUGAGUUUGUUACCAGAAAAAACAACAUUUACUCAAGUAAUAAAGACAGAAGACUUCACGUGUAUCGAAAUGCAGACUGGUAGAUCGUGGACUUACCAGACAGAUUUGUAUUGUUUGGCCGCAACAAGUCACUGUCUGUUGUUUGGCAACUAUAUGAGAGUUUCAAAUGUUGGUGGUCGUUGGUUCAUUACCACAAAGAUACCAAGGUACAUGAAGAAACCUGCAUGGGAGCAGUUCUUCACGGAAUUAUUAAACGUUGAAUCCUGUGAGAAAAUGCCGGACUUGUCGAAGCUGCGCAACAUGAUGGAAGAGACAUUAGCGCAAAUGGCGGACGCGCAACAAAAAAUUAGAAACUUUGUCAAUAUUCUGAACAAACGAUAACACUUACUGAACGUGCUGUAUCGAAUGUUAUGUUCCAAUGUGUGCACAUACUUAGCAAAGAAGCAGGAGAGGAAGAGAACAAGGAGAAUUAAUAUUAUUAUGCUAUUUAUUAUAAAAGUUAAUACUACAGUGAUAUAUGUACUACACAGUUAAUAAUACAUGAAAUGCACUUUAUGGCCUGCUUCGUGGAGGCUUUAACGAACUAUAUUGCUUGCACAUAAUCAAUUCGACUAGGAACACUAAAUAUUUGAUUCGAUUAUAAAGAAAGAAAAGAAAAGAGAAAAAAAAUGAGAGGUAAAAAUGAAAAACUUUUAUAUUACUGACAUUUUGUGCGCCAUAAAUUAUAAAAAUGUCUUUCAAGAUACCUCGUGACGCAGUACCUGGAUGUUAGCAUCUGUCACGUAAAUUAUGUAAAGGCAGAUCUGUAUAAUAAAGUUGAGUAAAAAGAACAAGACUUCAAGAACACAAAGUAUGUAAAAAAAAAUAUUUAUAAUACAAUGCGCGUGUGAUAAAUGCGAGCAAUUUAUCUAUGUAUGUAGUGUUUAUAUCGUAUAUAUAAAAUAAACUUUUGUUUUACUUAUAUUCAAACU